UUCGAUUUGCUGAUUCUGCGGGAAAUAAUUCAAAAUAUGUCGGGCAUUGAGCCGACGACAGGGUUGACCUCCGAUCAGCUGGAAGCACUCUCUGGAGGACAGACACUACGUCAAGAAGUUUGCUGGUUCGUUUUCACAAGUUCGAUCGAAUCGACGUGCAAUGCAGCGGUUAAGAGACUCACUCGCGAAAGACAAUCUUGUUGA